GUGACGCUGUUGUAGGAAGUGUUUAGCGAUGCGCGGGAGUUUAUUGUUGCUAUCAAGAGAGCUAGAGUUCAUGUUAAUUUUCUCCUUUCAUCUAAAUCAAAAAUUAAUAGCAGCACGGAGAUUUGCUUAGAAUGGCUCAUCUAAACGAAGCGGACUUACCGCCGAACCUGUCAUGUCUGAAAAGCAUAGACACCCUCCUCCGUUGUCCUAUCUGCUUUGAGUUUCUCAACAUCACCAUGAUGACCCCGUGUUCUCAUAACUUUUGUUCUCUGUGUAUACGGAAGUUUCUGUCCUACAAGUUGCUGUGUCCUGUUUGUAACUUGCCAUCAACAGAACAAGACCUGAGGAACAACAGAUUAUUAGAUGACUUAGUUCAGAACUUCCAAGCAGCAAGGCAAAAAUUGUGCCACUCAAAUUUGGAAUCUCCGCCUAUUUCACCGGAAACCCCGGUUAUGGUGAUCAAAGGCAAAGCAGCAAGACAGAAGGGCCUCAGAAAUGAAGCAAACACCCUCAGUCAUUUUUUCCAGAAGAAGAUCCCUGUUACUCCUUCAUCAGAGGCCCAAACAAGUCGUAAGCUUCACGUGCCAGUCAAAUCAGAAUCCAUGGAGGUGUGUUUACAGCAGCUAGGUCACGUCAAGCAAGAAAAUGUGGAGGCCACAAAUGGAGUCGGGGAAGAUGAAAAGAUGGAUAUAACUGCAUUUCCUUCCACGUCACACAAUAAACCACUGGUUAAAGUGGAGUGCCCUGUCUGUGAAGUAGGUGUUCCCGAACAGCACAUUAAUAAACAUCUGGAUAUGUGCUUGAGCAGAGAUGAUAAAAAGGAGAGAUUGAGAAGUGGUGGAAGGAGAAAGGCGAUGCCUAAGCUCUUGUACACUUUGAUUACUGUUCCAAAGCUGAAGAAGAUGCUUAAAGAGUGUCACCUGUCCGCUCAAGGCAGUAGAGAGCAGCUAGUGCGACGCCCAGAAUUCACCCAAAUCUAUAACUCCCAGUGUGACGCACUCAACCCCAAAUCAGCUGAAGAAAUUGCCAAAGAAGUUGAGAACAACGAGAGGUUAAAGAAUCAAAUGGAGAGUAAACGGAAACCUGUAAUCGUCACUACGAAGAAUCAGACUGCUGAAGAAAUUGAGGAGUUGCACUCAGUGUACCGGAAGCAGCAUUGUAGCGAAUUUUCCCGUUUGAUUGCCCAGGUCAGAGGUCGUCUGGAGACAUCCAAGAGAGCACCGAUCAAACAGGAAGGGGAGAAGUCUACAGAGGAAACGCACUCCAAAGGUUCACAAAACAGCAUUCAGAACACUCCCCAGCCUCUCGUUUCUGCAAUGCUGAAAAUAAAGAGUGAAGAGAUGGACAGGGUAAUUGAGCUUCCAUCAAGAUCAUCAAGCCCUACAAUCAGUGAAGUGUCAGUCAGCAGCUCCAUCUCAGAUAUUUUCUGUUGAAGACAUGGCAGCAGCUACUCAAACACAAAGAGUGAGUUCUCCCCUCCAGAAGCCCAGAGCAGCCUCUUCCGGAGAGAGGUCCCCAUUCCCAUAGGGAAGAUGUUUGAAGACCCUGGGAAGAGAUGCAACAAAAGUAUCAGAUUUUUCUAAGAUGUGUGGACUAAACCAAUCCAUUGGCAACAUAUUAUGUACAUUUUCUUUUUAGCAUUUCAUUAUAAUGUUUUCUCCAAUAAAACAAACAAAAAAAGGUUUCGUGGAAUAUGUGUAAUUCAUAAUUUCAUACGGAGCUGUAGUUGAUCAACUGUUGCAGUACUUCACAGAAGCAUGCGGUUUGAAAUCAUGACAUUUUUGCUCGUGAGUGACUUAUUACAUAGGACCUCAGGAGAUCACAGUCCUCAAUCCUUCGCUGACAACUAUCCUGUGGCAUGAAAGGAAACAGGUUGUUCCAUUUUUUUUUCAGUUUUUUGAAGAUACGGUUAAAAAUCAGUAUACUGUAGUUUUUCGGUCGGGUCAUUGUUUGUGAUAAGUUUGUAGUGACGGCAUUUUCCAGCAAGGACUAACAGGGUUUGUAAAACCUUGACUCGCGCUGUUAUGUGUUCAGAGUGUUAUGAAAUUCUUCUUACCUCCUGCUUUUGAACUGUUCCCAAUUGUGCUGUCAAGAGUAAUAAAUCGUGAGGGGUUCCUGU